AUGGAAUCUGUCGGAGCAAUUUAUGGAGGAGAGUGGGGCUCCUUUUGCGGAAUGUACUCUGAAGAGGCUGAUUUCAUGGCACAAUUGCUCAAUAACUGUGCACUUCCUAGUGAAUCAAAUGUGCAAGUUUCUGGUGUUGAUGAAAGUACAAUGUACUCAUCAGAUGGAACCAAUACUAAUAUGUAUUCAUUUUUGCAACAGAGUAGUUAUAGUGGAGGCAGUAGCAUUCUAUUUUCCUCUUCGAGCCCUGAAAGCUACCACCCAGGUGACAAUCAUCAAAAUUUCACAACUAAUAGUAGUUUCACAUCGAUUGAUUAUUUUAUGAUAGAGGGUAAAGACAAUAAUUCCCGAGUUCAAGCUCUCACGAACGAUGCAAUGGAUGGCUGUGAAUUCCUGAACCAGGAUAUGAGCAAUGACAGUAUAGAGUCUAGUGAAAACCAGCCAGAAACUGUUUUUCAAAAGAAGAGUUUGCAGCUCGGAAGGGAGUAUGGAAUGCCAACGACACAACCAUACAAGGAGGAUAAAGUCAACAGCUCUUCGGAGAUGUCCAAGGAAAGAUCCCGGAUCCCCGGAGAAUUAACUAAUGAAGAUCGUGCAUUGGCCGGCUCAAAAAUCAAGAAUUUAUAG